AUGGUAUCAAGUCAAGUCAAUCGUAAAACAUCUAAAAUGCCUGUGAAAAAGAAGAGUUGUUUCCAGAUAACAAGUGUGACACAGGCGCAGGUGGCAGCCAACAACGCAGCAGACGACAGUGAAAGCUUGGAUGACCCAGACGAGUCACGAAUAGAAGAAAUAUCAUCAGACGUUUUCGAAGUGUGCCAAACUGAUUAUGAACAUGCGGCGUGUGAUGGAAGCUCUUUGGAAGAAACACUGAACAACGUUGGGGAGUCCGAAGCUGGAUACUCGCACCUAGCAAGGCAGUUGCCUUCAGCACCAGGUUCCUUUAACACCGGGACCCCUUUACGAAAUGUAAUACCGAACAGUGCCCCCGGUGUAAGCCCGUCUCUCAUAACGGGUAUGUCGCCGGCGCAAACUUCUGCUCCCUCGGUUGGGAUCGUGCAGUCAGUGCCUCAGACCAGUGCAGGUAUCGCGUCGGCACCCACGUUGCAAUCAGCACCAACUAGCUCAGUGACUUCUACGCCUACCACAACUGGCACCUGCAGUUCACGUUUUAGAGUCAUCAAAUUAGAUCACGGUACCGGGGAACCGUUUAGGAGAGGUAGAUGGACUUGCACAGAGUUCUACGACAAGGAUCCAGAGGGAUCUGUCAUAAGCAGAAACUUGGACACAAUAAGACACAACAACACUGCGGAUUCUACAACUGAGAGGGACAGCGGGUUUGGGGCCACAGCGGGUUCAAGCAUAGCCCUGUCUGGUCUGUCUGGGCAUGGCUCGGACCCUGCAGAAACUAGUCUGACCACAGCUUCACACAUGGCUCAUCCAGAUGUGCAGCAACAGCAGCAAAGUUAUGGGAUUGGACAACAGCAUCAUGUAAUUACAGGUGCGAUCCCUAUUAGCAGCAGUAAUAAACCUGUGACUGCUCCUCCACAGCAGAUACAGGGGACACCACAUGCUGCUCAGCCCCAGGCUCUCGUCAUGCCUGGCAUGAAUGGCUCCCCUCAGACAAUGAACGUUCAGAAACCUGCAGGCGGCAUGCCCUCUGCUCCUCAGACCCAGUCUGUCAUCUAUCAGACCCAACCAUCACAGCCGCAGCCAACGCCACCCAAGCAGCUGCCCCUUGGACACCAGCUCUCAGCCCAGUCCUCCACGAUACCUGGAUACCAACUUGAGCACAACCACCAAAAGCACUUACCAGCAGUGACCACAACGGCCCAGACUCAUUCUGGAGCUAACCUUACUGCAGGGCAAGCUGUCCACCACCAGGGUCCCUCUCCUGUGCCCACUCCAGCGAGUGGGGUUCAGGUGCUUGGGGCAGCUGGAGACAUGGGCGUAGGCGCUGGGGGCGUGCCACACCCUGCCAGUCAGCCUGCUUCUUUCCCUGCAAAUGCACAUCUCCCCCAGCCUACUAACGGAAUGGUCAGUACUGGUGGGCAACCACAGAUGGGGCAGUACCUGUCUUCUGGGGAAGCACAGGGGCUCCCCAUAGCACCCAACAACAGUGUCCAGAAUGUGCCUACAGCUUCAAGUUCGGCUGCAAUACCCAGUGUGCCGGCUUCCAGCAUCCCCACGUCUGUGCCUGUGGCCUCAAGCUUACCGACUCAGAACACGGCUCUCUCCCCCUCAAUCGGCCAGCAGCAGCCUGCUCAGAUGUCCCGCAACGGCACCAUGGCGAGUGGGGCGAUUGUAAAUCACCACCCCACCCCAGGCUUUGGACAGAGCGAUGAAAAUCGGAGGAAGUCGGACAUAAUAUCCCAAUUUCCCGCUGUCUCUGGGAAAGAUCUCCCCAUGAAGCCCCUUAUCCCAGAGGGCCUACAGCUCACCCACCCAACUGUCAACAGCCUUUUUGGAAUACCUAUCCAGAUAGACGGGGACGAGGAUGGGAACCCCUCGACGGCUUUCUACCAAGCCUUCCAGCCUGGUGGCAAGUUGAGGAACUGGAAGGCGCUCAGCGAUAGCACUUCCGGUGCCAGUGUGGUUGCCAUUGACAACAAAAUCGAGCAAGCCAUGGACUUGGUGAAGAGUCAUCUAAUGUAUGCCGUGCGGGAGGAGGUCGAGGUGUUGAAAGAGCAGAUCAAGGAACUGUACGAGCGGAACUCUGUCCUGGAGCGGGAGAACGCCGUGCUCAAGUCCCUUGCAAACAGCGACCAGCUCUCUCAACUCCCCGGGCAGUCCGCUGCAGCAGCCACCUCAAACAGCACUCCACAGAAGCUGCUGCCCGGAGGAGGCCCGGCCCUCGCGGGGGUGAAGGGUCACUCCAUCCAGCAGGCAUCACCCAGCCUGGACGCCGGCAAACCCAUCACCGCACCUCCACUGCAACCCAGCGUCACCUCCGCCUGAGAUGAGAUGAGAUGAGAUGCUUCCUCUUGCCUUCACAGGGGACCAGACAGUGGGAAUGGACAAGAACGCUUCACCGAUUCAUCACUAGGUCACCGGGAGGGAGGAGAGACUAAACUCUUGUUCAACCAUUGGCUUAUUUCCCUCAGACAAUGAGCUGUGCUUUAAUAUAAUGUGUGUGCCGUGUUGCCCUCUCAGUGUUUAGACAAAGACAAUGGCAUUCAUGAGUAAUGGGAGAUUGUCUUAGGCACUGUUUGGGCAGGCAAUGUGGACUCGAGCCACAUUGACAUUGGGGGGUGUUAGGUGAGAGCCUGGUCCAGAAGUAGGUGGAGGCCCUGUCCCCCAGAGGACCCUAGUGGCCAAAGAGUAUCGACAGACAGAGCUAUUUUUGUUAAAAGAGCAUUCAGUCAGAAACAAGGGUUUAUUUUUGAGUGUGUGUGCUUGAGUGUUAUGCCAUUGGAGCAAGAGUCUAUUUUUCAGAGCCUGCACCAUACUAUACUAUACAAGUCCACAUCAUGAAUAUUUGUUAUUUAUUGUAGGGCUGCUAAUUUCCCAGUCUUAUUUUUUAAUCAAAAGCUGGAAGAGUGUCUACUGUGGGACGCUGUUCUGGAAGAUGAGGGCCUUCCUUGUGUUUGUAUUCAUUGCAUUUGUGGUUGGCAAUUGCGGCGUAAUUUUGUCAUUUACAAAGGAGUACAUACAAACACUUAUACUGAUAAAAAUCAUGAUGUUGAACACUAAACUCAGUUUUACUAGUGGAUUGUAUCUUUUCAAUGGUCAAGACCCAGUGUGAAUGUAUAUUUUGUAUAGAGUGUAAAGUAUUAAGAGCAUAGGAAGGUUGUACAGGUCCUUGGGGGAGAUCUCUGAGUCUAAAGUACUUUAUGAAGAAACUUUUAAGUUCUUUCAGUAGUUUGUUUUACAUCAGUUGCCAUACUCUCUUCCCAGACAUGAGUGUCUCAUGCAUAAGGUUUUGGGACAAGGGAGAAACAAAAGCUGUGAAAUUGUUCAACCUCCUUUGUAACCAAAGAUGCAAAGCUGUCAUUUUUUUAAUUUAUUUUUCUUAUAUUUCCUCAUUCUGUAUGUUUAUCUUUUUACUUUCUCUACUACCACUUGAUCUUAUCCCUACCCCACUUAUUUUGGCUGUUAGCAUGUCCUGCAUGACUUGUACUUCUCAAACCACUUUCUUACCUCACAUUUGUAUUCAGCACUCUUAUUGUAAGAUAGUCUGUGAAAAUUGUAAAUUUGGGGAGGGCAGAGAGCAAACGGCGGAUGUCAGUGGAGGACUCUAGUAUUGCACUAGCCUCAAGACAGUGAAAGUGAGCCAUGUUUUUGUUCAUUGAAAUGGUGUUUGAAUUACAUAUGCCAAUAGUUUUGUUACAUCGAAAAAUUAAUUUAAAGUGAAAUAAAGAUGCAAUACUCAAAUACAAGUGUGUAAAUGGACCUUGGUUUCCUCAUGUGAGUUUCAGUUGGAAAAAAAAACCUUCAAUUGGAAUGAAUUAGAAGGUGUAAAAAAAGGGUUUUCAUUUAGAAAUUAAUUAAAUUUCCAGGCAGUAAUGGAAGAAGAAAUCAUGUGUAUUCCACAAAGUCUGGAAUCAAUUGCAUCUCCUGGGAUACAUUGACCAUUUAGGGCAUUAGAAUAACAUGUAAUAUUGAAUUUACAGCACUGAAAGAACAGCAUUGAUAUGCUCCUGUUAAUUGAAUCACCUAAAGCAGUUUUAAACUGGAUGUCGUCACUCAUCAAAAUGUUAGUAUGAAUGCUUUUGUGCACGUACCUUCACAUAUUUCUCAUUGUACUUAAAACAUGCCGUUGUGUGCUAACAGCUCUUGUUCCUCACUCAAAACACCACAGAAUAUACAUUAUCUCACAGCACAAAAAAGAAAGGCCUUAAUUGAUUGCAGAAUAUCCCUAAAAGCCCAAGUUAUUAGUAUUAUUGUCCCCUAAAUUACUUGUAUUACUGUCCCCCUAGGGCCUAAAUAUUCUUGCUCAUUUGGAUUGUGGAUCUGAUGUAUUUGCAGGGAACCCCUCAAUUGCAUUAAUUUCCUAUCCUGUCAAUUUCCUGUCCGUUGUUCCCCAUAAAAUGAUGAAACUGAUGGGCUGUAGGGAAAAUAAGGAUUAAAAUGACAUUGUUCACAUAUUUGGAAUACUAGUGACAACCCUAUAUGAACUGCGAGUCGUUUUUUAAAUGACUGACUUACUGGUGUGUCCUAACCAGAGAUGUCAAAAGUAAAAGUAAGAACGGUUUCCUUCCGACUCAGGUAACUCAUCUGAGUAACCAUCAAACCUGUGCUCUUGUCUUAGGGUCUGCUAACUCAGCAUUUGGCACAAAAUGGCAAAUGAGAAAUGACAGAAGCCAUAUUUCACCUUCAAACUUUUAUGGAAUGCCUGUGAACAUCCCUCACCACUUAGUAAGAGGAAUACUUUUGAAAACAAAUGUUUAAGGUGUUUUUCAAAGAACAUAUUUGGACUUGUCCAUAGACGGUCAUUGUAAAGCCAAUUGAGACAAAAUCCAAAUUAUCCAAAUAAUGGCGACAGCAGCAAACAUUAAUAAAAUGGUGAGGGGUACUCUAAAACAUUGCAGACAACCCAGAUAAGGGGAUUGAUGUUAAAAAUAGUGCACUUGUUUUUCGUUUUUAUGUAAAAUAACAGAAAUAAUAUUCACCUAGCCCUAUUAUGGCUUAAUACUGGCUAAAACAAUCAGGAGUGGAACUACAUAGCAAAGUACAGUACAGUGCUUACAGAUUCGGUUUCUUACCUGACCUGAGAUGGGGAAUAGAAAUAUUUUAACCAAGUUUACAUAAAAGGAUUUGUAGUCGUCACAUGCAUAGAAUAAAAUACUGUGAAAUUAGAGCCUGUUUGCAGAAAUUGACCUGAAACUAUUGCACAUAAUGCAUAAGUCUACUUAUCAUUCAUGAUGUACCAGUAACUGAAAGCCCAAGGUAAAUUGUGAACUCAUAAAUUCAUAAACUGUGAAACUAAUACAAGCCAUAGUUUCUCAAUUUGAACAGUGAACACUUUUGAACCCAGGACACUUCACAGUAUCCAGAUAAAUCUCCACUCAGUGUCAAAGCGGCCAUUUCUCACUUUUUGCCUGGGGUGGAUGAUUUGCCGCUAAAAGACAUUUCUUUCCUCAUAAUUUAGUUGAAAUUGAUGAAACCAGGAAAAAAUAUGCUCUAGAGUGUUCACUAGCAGG